AUGGAACAGAUACAGGAACAGAUGGCUGAAAUGCGAGCUCAGCUGACGGAACAGAUGAACACGCAGAUGACUCAAUUUAUGGAGGCGUUGGCUAACGUCACUAGAGGUCAAGAGGAUUUGAGAGUUCUCGUUGAGAAUUCUAGGAGAACUGAGAAUGAUGGAGGACAAUAUGGGUUAUAUGAUGACGUAUCCGGACGGAUUGAGAACAACCAUGAUGAGAACGAGUUCAGGCAGCCUGCCCACGUGCCUUAUAAUCCUUUCAACCAGAAUCAGGGGUUUCCACCGCCGCCUCCGUCUCGUCUCUUUGGAGGAAGAGGUCAUCAUAAUCGGGGAAAUCAAGACUUUGAUUUCGAGAAUGUGGAUCAACUGUUGAGGCACAGUGCUGAAGGUGUGCAGGAUGAUGGUGGUAAGAUUCGUCUGAUUGAGGAACGUCUCCGAGCUAUUGAGGGUAAGGGUGUGCUUGGUAUGGACAUCACUGAUCUAGGAUUGGUUCCUGGCAUAAGGGUUCCUCCAAAGUUCAAAGUGCCGAUUUUUGAUAAGUACAAUGGGGCUACCUCUCCCAUGACGCAUGUCAAAGCGUACUAUCGCAAGAUGUCAGUUUAUUCAGAGGACGAAGGUUUCUUGAUGCACUUCUUCCAAGAUAGUCUUGCUGGGGCUUCCUUGGAGUGGUACGUUCAACUUGAGCGCACUCAUAUCUAUUCUUGGAGAGAUCUUGUCGAAGCUUUCAUUAAGCACUAUCAGUACAAUGUUGAUAUGGCGCCCAACAGGACUCAGUUGCAAAGUUUGGUUCAGGGGUCUAAAGACUCUUUCAAAGAGUACGAUCAGAAAUGGCGUGAGUUAGCCGCAAAAGUUCAACCACCUAUAGCUGAGCGUGAGAUGAUCGAUAUGUUCACAAGUACUCUAUCUGGACACUAUUAUAUGGCUUGCAGUGCUUCAGCCAACUUUUUUGAGAUGGUGAGAUAUGGCGAACGUGUUGAAACGGGUCUAAAGAUGGGGAAAAUUCAGUUAGGAGCUUCUUCUAAUACUCCUAGUGGUAAGAAACAAACUGAGGGUUAUGCCAGAAGGAAGGAAGGAAAUGCGGAUGCCAUAUAUGGGAGAAGGGGUUCAGGAAGAAACAAUUCACAGGUUAAUGCUGUCAUGAUCCCAGUGCCGCAACAACAACAGCAUAUGCAGGGACAUCGUUCCAAUAAUGAUCGCUAUCCUCCCAGGACCAGGCCUCACCGAAAGAUUGAUGCGAUUCCUAUGACCUAUGCUCAGAUUACUUUGAGAGAUGCUCCGAAUGCUCCGGACACACAAUCUCCGAAUUACAAAGCGAAUGCGCGGUGUGCUUUUCAUUCCGGUGCUGCUGGACAUGAUACAGAGAGGUGUAUUGCGUUGAAGAAUAAAGUCCAGGACUUGUUGGAUCAAAAGAUAAUUCAGUUCACUCCUACACCCAAUAUUGUCAAUAAUCCGAUGCCUACUCAUGGAGGUUCGGGUGUGAAUGCCAUUGAGAGUGAAGAGACAAGUGUUGUAUCCGACGUGGGUUGUUUGACUUUUCCUCUGGUGUCUGUGAAGCAACAUCUGGUCAAUAGCGGCAUCUUCCCGGGUUGUGGUGUGGAUUGUGAGAAUUGCAAGAGUCAGCCUGAAGGUUGUGCUGAUUUAAAAAGUAUGGUACAAAAACUGAUUGAUGAGGGUCCUCUUCAAUUUUAUCGAAGGUCGAGAGGUGCGAAAAGUGAGAGUGGUGAAGUGUCUGUGAUUUCAAUUCUUUAUGAGCCGGUUGUUCCAAUCUGUAUCCAAGUGCCUAUUCAGAUACCUGUUAGUAUCCCAUAUGAGGAGCAACCAGCGGCGUUGAUGAUUACCGUGCCAGGGCCUAUUCCAUAUGAGAGUGAGAAGGCCAUCCCUUGGCAUUAUGGUUCAGAUGUGUAUUACUAUGGCACGAAGGAGGAGGGCGAGCUCUCCGAAGAGAAGUCUGUGGAAGCCGCAGUUGCAAACACUGAUAAUUUUGCCGGUACUGGUAGAAUCACUCGCAGUGGUAGGGUGUUCUCCCCUCAGCCAAUACAAAACAAUGCAGAUGCUUUGGCUAAGGCCAAAGGCAAACAAGUGGUGACUGAUGUCCAGAAUUCUCCGAUUCAUAAUGGGCCACCUGAUAGUGCUGUGCCUUCCAAGGAUGUGGAAGAGUUGUUGAGAAUCAUCAAGAAGUCUGAUUACAAAGUUGUUGAGCAGUUGGAGAUCGAAGUUGAAAUACAUGAGACGCCGUUCCAAGCAUUUGAGGCUGUGAAUGCUGUGAAAACUCCUCUUUGUGAGUUAAAGAAGCCGGAAACGAUUAUGUCUUCCUUGAAGGAUGCACAGGUGGUUGUGGAAACUGGUAAAAGUGAGGGGUGGGGACAGAUGAUUGAUGUGCGCCCUAAGUUCAAUAAAAAUGGUCUCGGUUUCAACCCUGGCAGGCAAAGCUUUAUGUCUCCAACAUCAAGUUUCACUCCAGUCAAGUUUGUGAGGGGUGGCGUCAUCCAAGAUGGUCAGAAUGUAUUCUUCUCUGAUGCGAGGCUGCAGAAUAGUGAUUUCUUUUUUCAUGGUAUGGAAUGGUGUAGACAGAUUCAAGACAAUACGAAGGCCAUGAUGAAGAUGCUUGGAGUUUUAUAG